UUUACUGCUUUUUCUUUAGUUUAUAGAACAUAUCGAAGAACAAUCUUUUUUUCUUGGUCGGUUAGAGCUUUUUCUUGUUAAUUAAUCUUGUGAAAGUGCAUGCAUUUACUUCCCACAAGAAAUUUUUUGUGGGGUUUUGCUGGAUUUUGUUUAUAUGAUCAUUGAUCACCAGUUUUUAUUUAUAUCUAACUCAAAUUUGGGGCUUUUGUUUGGUUUGGUUUAUAUGAUCAUUGAUCACCAUUUAGUUCCAGUUGUGGUGAAAUUUUAAAGUUUUUUUACUAGAGAAUCGAUUUUUUGGAUGGUAUAAAGGUAGGGUUUUUGAUUUAUUUAUCUUGUACACUUCUUAUUCCAUUUUAAUUAGUGAGUUUUUAACUUUUUAUAUCAGUUGGAUGUUAAUUCUUCUUGAAUAAUUCUUGAAGAUUAGUUUUUUAUGUCUAUAUCCAGUGUUCGUGUAUGUAUAUUUUAGAAUCAACUUAAAUGGGGACUCUAUAAGAAUGAUUUUCCACAAUGGUUAUGUACAUUGGUUGUUUAGAGGGGAAAAAGGUGAAAAAUUGAAGGUUUUAAAUUAUUUAUUUAGUCUCUGGCAUUGUUUUGUUUGAAUAAAAGGUGUCUAAAUGGAGCGAAAUGGUGAGAGAAAACACUUGGUGAUUUCUUUGCAUCUGCCGAAACAUUGGUAGGUAGACUUACUCGAUACCUGUGCUGGUGGGAGGUAGCAGGUACCUGGUGGAACGAUCGAGGUGUGUGCAAGCUGGCCCAGACACCACCGUCUCUAUGAAAACAAAUCCAGCCCUUGCUUGAUUUAAAAAAAAAAAGAAAAAAAAAAAGAAUAAGAAAAAGAAGAAGGAUUCAUAGAGUCGACCCUAACUAAUUUGGGAGUGCAACUUCUGGGCAUUGUUUUCUUGACUAAGGUGCCGUUUUGAACAUGGUUUGAAACCAUGGUUUGAAACCCCAAAUCAUGCCUUUUUGGAUGAUUUGGGAUUUCAUCCCAUGGUUUGAAACCAUGAGAUGAAAUCGCAUGUCCAAACGUUGGUUUCAAACCAUGGUUUCAAAUCGCAUGUCCAAAUGCCUACUAACAGUUAUUGAAUGGCGUAAUACAUAAAGAGGCCCUCAAACUUGGCUUCAGCCGGUAAGUAUGCCCUCCAACUUUGGGUGUGCACAAGUAGGCACCUCACCGGAGAUCGGCCAGUGACCCGAAUACAUUCGAUGAUGAACUACUUACUACCAUUUUUUCGGCCAAUUAAUGACAAAAACCACAACAGGCACGUAGCAGUUAAGCCAGAAGCAUACAAAGAUUACAGUAAUCCACAGAUUUUCAAAAACAACAAACACGUGGAUCACCAGUUGUGGUGAAAUUUUAAGGGCAAAAGAAUCAAUUUUUAGUAUGGUAAAAAGGGCUCUCCAGUUGUGGUGAAAUUUUAACGGCAAAAGAAUCGAUUUCUUGUAAGACAUUAUCCACAAGAUUGUACUUGACAUCAUGGUGCGAAGGAGUAUGUCAGACAAUAAUCACAUAAUUAAUGUGGGAGCAGAUCCGCGGAAUCAAGAGUAUAUCCAUCCAGAGCCUUGUGUGUUGUAUGGGAGCUUUACAUCUUUUCCACAUCCAAAUGUCCACACUGUAAUACCAGCUGCAGGAAACAUUGGAAAUUUCUAUUUGCACCAUCUACCAAACCAUCAAGAGGGCGCUGUAAUUUAUGGGAUGCCACCGUCCAAUGGGGUUCAACAGCCGCAUCCUGCCACCAAUGUUGCAGUAUUUGCAACAUCAUCAAAUCACUAUAACCCUUAUGUGGCUGCUCCAUCUACAGAUUUUCUAGUUCCAGUAAAUCAUGGGUUACAUAAUUCAUGGGCCUGGAAUCAGGCCGCUCCUUCACCCUAUCUUCCCGGUGGUGCCGGAGGCUAUGUAGAUGCUGGAUUUAUGGCUGUGCAAGGUUAUCAAGUAACUGCCAGCAAUGGAGGUUUGAAUAGUUUUCUGCAUGCACCGCCUAAUAUGCAAUAUAUGGGAGGCCACACUAUGAGCUUCUCUCCACAGAUGACAGCAUCUUCACGCGUCUACCUGCAAAAUAGCUCGUCCAAUAACUCUAAUAAUCUAUUGCGAGGUGUUGUACCGUUCUCACCAACUGGCUCUAGGUUGUACAGACCUCAUCCAAGGGAAUUCAUGCCUGAAGCAAAUACUCGACACCACAACCUCCCUAACAUGAGAGUUUUGCCAGAAAAUAGGGUGGCAAUGCUGGAUGUUCCAGCAUACCAUGAAGUGGGUAAUGUUGUUGAUCAGUUCAGAGAUAUGCGUUUGGACAUAAAUCACAUGUCUUAUGAGGAGCUUCUUGCAUUGGGGGAGCAUAUUGGCAACGUGACAACGGGUUUAUCAGAGGAAGCUAUUGUCACCAAUUUGAAAACGAGGAUAUUUUUGUCUACCGAGACUCCUUGCGCUCUGGAAAGUGUUGCAUGUCAAGAUCACAAAACUGACUGUGUCAUAUGCCAGACUGGUUACAUCGACCAAGAUAAGAUUGGCGUUCUUGAGUGCGGGCACGAGCAUCAUGAAGACUGCAUAAAGAAAUGGUUGGUUGUGAAGAAUAUUUGCCCCAUCUGCAAAUCCACAGCAUUGUCCACAAAGAAACAGGUAGAUGGGAGGUCGAUGAAUAAUUAAAAUAGUGCAGGCAUUCUGUUCUCUUGUUAAAUGUUUAUUCUCCGAUGAGGAAAAUGUUCCUGAAACUGUAUUAUAAAUUUUGUACAUACUUUGUGCCGUAGUCCAGCUCUCCUAAAACUUUUUUCGUUGACCUUAUCUUUGUGGAGCUAAAUUUGUCCAGACUUGUAAGUUUUGUUCUGCCGUAUAGACGUUCCGUUUCACCAUAGCUUCUUUACUCUUGUAUUUUUCAAGCUUGUUUUGAGAAACAUUUUUA